UAAUGAACCCGGACAGCAUCGUCGGCCCCCCUGAUGGACACCAACACAGCAGUCGAUGCAAAAACUGAAGAGCAUCGCUGCUUGGUUUGUGGAGCUCAGGCCACAGGAUUCCAUUUUGAUGCCCAGUCCUGCUCGGCUUGCGCAGCCUUCUUUAGAAGAACUGUUUCGCUUAACAAGAAAUUCAUAUGCAUAGCGAAUCGAUCCGAUUGUAAAGUCCACUAUACGAUGCAUCAAAUCUGUCGCGCUUGUAGAUUCGAGAAAUGUUUGAAAGCAGGGAUGAAUCGCGAAGGCGUCCAACCGCGCAAAGCCAAUCCGAACCAUCGACGAGCAUUCUGUACAAAAUCAGGCUUAAAACGUAACAAAAGGUUUGCUGUGGUGGCACCGAUGAGUAGAGAGGAGAUUGAGCAGGUUGUUGAGGUUGCCGAUUUGUCAAGAACUUCUACAGAAGGCAGUAGCUCACUGAACUGCACACCUAUUGGAUCGCCUGUUGAGAGGCCAAAAGCCAUCUACCGUAGCCCUAUGACAGCUACACCAUCUCCGACAACAAUGAUAGAAAACAAGGAGCCAGCAGAAGAUGUACUCACGUGGUUGGUACGGGAAGAAAUGAAGUUAGGAGAGAGAAGAAGGAUUCUUUUCUGUGAGCGACCUGUAGAUAAUCUACUGGGACAGACUUCAUGUCCAUUCACUCGCGAAGAUAUUCGUCCUUUAUCGUUUCGUGCUUUUCGAAAAAGCAUACGAACGCACAUUUUGUUGAUUUACGAAUGGCUGCAAGCAUGGCCAGAUUACAAAGUCCUUGGUAAUGUGGAUAAGGUGUCAUUCCUUCGAAGCUGUGUUCUUUUUCAUACAAUUCUUGAUCCAGUCUAUAUAACCAUGCAAAUAGGAUAUCCGGACAGGUUUGUAAUGCAGAAUGGGGGUUACGUUUCCUGCGUUGGUGGUUGUGAAGACGGCUGGCAGGGAGAAAGAGAAAUCUCAACGGAUGUCAAGAAGUCGAUUUACCAACCGCUGCUGAAAAAAAUAAUGUCAGAAAUCAUACCGCCCAUGUUGAAUCUUGGCUUGUCCUUCGAAGAAUUUGUGGCACUGAAAGCAUAUGUGAGCUGGCAAGGAGCAAUUUCCAACGUUUCGCUAGAAGGACGUGAUGCUAUGAGGCGACAAAUAGAUGCUAUUUCAAAAUCUCUACACUGUCAUUACGAGAGGAUGAAUAUAUCUCCAGCAGAAAGAAUGGGCUCGAUCAUUCUACUGCUUAGCUCCAUUUUUUCAACGGGAUUGGAUUUUGUGGAGAGCCACAGGCAGAUCGAAUUUUUCGACCUAUGGCAUUUGGACUCUUUACUGCUACAGUUUCUCAACCUGGAUUCUAUAUUAGAAAUGAACAGUACGUGAAAUAAGACAAUAC